AUGGCGACCUUGAGCAUCGUCGCCGGUGUGCAGGAGUACAUCCAGGCAAUGGUUGACAGGAUUUCUGGCAUGAAGGUGCUCCUGCUCGACGAGGAAACCAUAGGCAUCAUCAGCAUGGUCUUCUCGCAGUCAGACAUCCUUCAGCAUGAGGUAUUCCUCGUUGAGCGCAUCGAUGCAGACAGCUUUGCGUCUCAGGACAAGAUGCGGCACAUGAAUGCCGUAUGCUUCCUUAGACCGACCAACAAGAAUUUUCUGAAGCUCUCCCAAGAGCUGAAGAAUCCAAAAUACAACGAGUACCACCUCUUCUUUACCAACGUCGUCCCACACAUGCGACUCGAACCGCUUGCAUGCUGCGACGAGUAUGAGGUCGUGAAGCAGGUGCAAGAGUUUUUUGCGGACGUUUACGCGGUCAACCAUGACCUCUUCUCCUUGAAUCUACAGUCCACGGUCCGGCUUACAGAGGACCAGGGACGGUGGACUUCGUAUGAGGAGAGCAUCUUUGAAAGGAUAAUCGAGGGACUACUGGCAACCUGCUUGACAUUGCGGAUGCUACCUGCAAUCCGUUACACAGAUUCGUGUGAUCUUACCCGACAGAUCGCGCACAGACUUCAGACCCGCAUCCACGAAGAGCAGAGCCUCUUUGAGACGAUUGUGAAAGCCCAGAAAGGCGAAGCGACACCAGUCCUGCUGCUAUUUGACCGCAGGAAUGAUCCUGUCACGCCUCUGCUGCAGCAGUGGACCUAUCAGGCGAUGGUUCACGAGCUCCUGGGUAUGCACAACAACAUCGUGGACCUCAAAAAGGUUGCGAAGGAUGCCAGGCCUGAGCUCGAGAGAAUCGUCAUGUCGCCGUUGCAGGACGAGUUCUUUCUGACGAACUUGUACUCCAACUUUGGCGACUUGGGGCAAAACACCCGAAACCUGGUGGAGAAGUACCAGAAGGAGACUAAGAACACGGCGCGCAUCGAGUCUAUUGAGGAAAUGCAGCGUUUCGUGGAUGAGUACCCAGAAUUUCGACGCAUGUCAGGCAAUGUUUCAAAGCAUGUCAAUGUUGUCAGCGAGCUGUCUCGAAUCAUUGACGCGUACGGCCUGCUGGAGGCCUCUCAGUUGGAACAGGAGCUGGCUUGUUCGGAGAAUCAGAAGGAGCAUUACAAGUCCCUGGUGGAUCUGUUGAAGAUGGCAAAGAUCACACCGAUGGAAGGCCUUCGGCUCGUGCUGCUCUUUGCGCUGAGGUACGAGCAUGAGUACAACUCGAUUUCGCAGCUUAAAGAGCAGCUGCGGCAGAAAGGAGUUGGCGAUGACCAGAUAGGCCUCGUAGACCAGCUGCUUCGUUACGCAGGAUCGCAGGUGCGCAACAGCGAUUUGUUUCAGAACAAGAGCUUCUUGCAAUUCGCAAAAAAUGUUGUCACCAGUAGCUUCAAGGGUGUGGAGAACGUCUAUACGCAGCACAAGAGCCACCUUGCCAGCGUAGUCAGCUCACUGGCGAAGGGCCAGCUGAAAGAGACCAGCUACCCGUACAUGCAGGGAAAGGGCAGCAGUGUGGCUCCAGCGCGGGAGCCGCCACGACGCUGUGUGGUAUUUGUCGUGGGAGGCUGCACCUACGAGGAGGCGAGAGACAUUGCCGAGUUGAAUCGCACCUUGGACGGCUGCAGGCUCAGGCCGUCCGAAGACCGGAUGGCUUGCCGAGCUACUCCGGGUGACUAA